CAAAACAUGUAGGGACAUGAUCGUUAGACAGCUGAGCAGUUUGAUUCACUGAGGUGUUGCUAUUUAGGAGGGGGGAGCCACAUUUCUCAGAUACGGUUGGUUGUCUGGUGUAGCUCGAAAAGGGGCACACAUAAUGGGACACACAGCUGCGGUAUGUUAGCGCUGUAUCGACUAAGUUUAGAGUAGAGUCGAGAUCGUUACACCUUGGGCCACACUGCCCCAGAACAAACGACCGUUUUCCCAUCAAGGAUCAGUUCUUUGCGAUGGAGAAUGGAGCUGGAUCCACCAAAGAAGAGGGCUUCCUUUCCAGGAUGGCGCUCAAUGACAACAAGGCUGGUAUGGAGGGUCUCGACAGGGACAAAAUCAACAAGAUCAUCAUGGAGUCUUCCAAGGGAUCCAAGUUUUAUGAGAAUGAGCUGAAGAGAGAGCAGCAGGUGAACCGGCGCAUUGAGAAGAUGAUGCUACAAAAGGCACAGAUCACAGAGCAACAGUUAAAGAAAGCACAAGUUCAGGUGGAGAGGAUGGCCUCAGUGCUGGAGAGGAGCCGCGAUCUAAGCCGUGUGAUUGUACAUGUGGACAUGGAUGCCUUCUACGCUGCCGUGGAGAUGAGAGACUGUCCUGAGCUGAAGGACAAGCCCAUGGCUGUAGGGUGCAUGAGUAUGCUGUCAACAUCCAACUACCACGCUAGGAAAUACGGGGUCCGAGCCGCUAUGCCUGGCUUCAUUGCGAAGAAACUCUGCCCCAACUUAGUCAUUGUUCAAACUAACUUUGAUAAAUACAGAGCUGUGAGUAGUGAGAUCCGGGAGAUUUUUGCAGACUAUGACCCUCACUUCCAGCCGAUGAGCCUGGAUGAAGCCUAUCUAGAUUUUACAGACCACCUGGAACAGAGGCAGAGUUGGCCAGAGUCCUCACGUACACAUCGCUACCGCGCCACCACAGAUGAAAAGCAGGUCGAGCUUCCCCAGGAGGCAGCGCCAGAGGAGAAAGAUCUCUCUCCGGUGCUGUUUGAGGACAGUCCAAACUCUUUUCCCUGCUUGUCGGCCUCUGGAGGUGUCUGUGCUGCUUGGGAUGCUUUCGAGGUGUUUGGGACAUCUGUUGAGGAGGCCGUGAGGGAGAUGCGCUUUCGUAUUGAGCAGAAGACCAUGCUGACAGCCAGUGCAGGAAUUGCUCCAAACAUGAUGCUUGCCAAAGUGUGCAGCGACAAGAACAAGCCCAACGGCCAAUACAGACUUCCCUCCACCAGAGAGGCCGUCGUGGACUUCAUCCAGAAUCUUCCAGUUCGCAAAGUUUGUGGCAUCGGGAAGGUGAGUGAGAAGAUGCUGAACGCUCUGAGCAUCAGCUCCUGUUCCCAUCUUGGCCAGCAGAUGGCGCUGCUGUCGUUGUUGUUCUCGGAGACAGCCUGGCAUCAUUUCAUGGAGGUGUCUCUUGGUUUGGGCUCCACGUUUAUACCAAGGCACGAAGAAAGAAAAAGCAUGAGCACAGAAAGGACAUUUAGAGAACUGAGUAAAGCCGAGGAGCAGUUUUCCUUUUGCAGGGAGCUCUGUGAAGACCUCGCGGAAGACAUGAAGAAAGAAGGCCUGAAGGGUAAAACAGUAACGCUGAAGCUUAAGAACGUGAACUUCGAGGUGAAAACCAGGGCACUGACGCUGCCUUAUGCUGUUGCUACUGUGGAUGAGAUCUUCGCUGUUGCUAAGGACCUACUGAAAACGGAAAUAGAAAAUGAAAGCCCCCAGCCACUCAGACUGAGGCUCAUGGGUGUUCGAAUUUCCACCUUCGUAAGUUUGGAUGAUAAACAGCCCCUGCAGAAGAGCAUCAUUGGGUUUCUUCAGCCAGGCAAGAUGGAAAGCAGCAGUUCUUCCAAAGAAACGCAUCAAAACCUUGAGAAGGAGAAUCGCUCCCUCCCAGCCGGGCCACUUGUGUGUCCUCCACUUGUGCAGAAGUGCCAGAGAAAAGAGGAAGUUCCCUGGAGGAACAGGCAGAGUCAGGCUGGUGAGGAACCCCAACAGUCCUUUUUCCAAAGGGCUCAUGCCAAAAGAUUGCAACUCCAGGCGGCGAAGGGCAGCACACAAGAGGAAAGGCCUGGAGAAAAUGCGUCAAUAGUUACUUCCACAGGCACUUGCACUGAAAAGGCUGUAGAGCCAUCAACAAAAGCAAACGAGAAUAAUUGUACAACCUCAGAUCUGCCAGAAAAUGAGAUUGUUUCUCCUGUAGAGGCCCAUGCAUCCACAUCAGGCUGUGGCAGGACCACGUCAGAAACCCUCACAUGCCCCGUGUGUUUCAGGCGGGUGGAGACGACCGAUCUGAAUGUCUUCAACAGCCACAUAGACCAGUGUCUUAGUGGUCCCUCCAGAAAAGCAAACCGAAGCACAGCCUCAGACAGCGAGUCGGAUUUUGAGCUUGAAGAAAGCGAAGCAGCGCACAAAUGCAAGCGGGAGCGCGAGGUUGAAGAGGAGACGUCGAGAAAGAGUGAAGAGCUGAGCAGGGUUUCUCCUCAGAAAGGCCAACGCGACUUGAAAAACAAAUCCGUUCAAAAUGGCCUGUUGAUUAAAGGGGACAACAAGGCCGUGACCUCACAGCAGCCUCAGUCGUGUAAUGAUAAAGGUCCCGUCCUCAUCUGCCCCGUGUGCCAGCUGACCCAGGACACCGACGACCUCACUGCCUUCAACCACCAUGUUGACCUCUGCCUGAACCAGCAGGUCCUACAUGAGCUGGGAGGGCAGACGUCAUCUUCCAGAAAUUCAUCUCCAGUGAAAAAUAUCAACACCACGGACAGAGGACAUCUGCUGCUGAGGCAAGCGACUAAAGGCAAAAGCAAAAGACGGGACUCGCCUUCUUCUCCUCCUUCUAAAAAGGCUAAAAAUUUUAAUCCUUGCAUCACCAUAGACAAGUUCUUCAGAUGACCGUCAUCUACACAUCCUGACCUGGAUGGAUGAGGUUUUCUGCAGGCAGUAAGAUAUAACUCUCCCAGUCCCAUGAUUACAAUAAAGAGAUUUUACUCAUGAUUUUACUUAUGCUACGCACUCCGCUUCACAAGCAUUGCACUUAAAGCCAUUUUUCUAUUGCUGAUAUUAGAAGCUUAGCAUUUGCACAACUAGACCUUAUUUGUGUUUUCUAUACACAAAAUUAAUACAGUUUGUUUUAUUCUAGAAAAGUUUCAGGGAUUUUUAGUGACCCUAGUUUCUGUGAAUGCCACUGUCAUCGUGUCUUUUCUGUAAUCUGUGAGGAUAAGCCAGAUGUUGUUAUUUUAAUGUGUGGAAGAUAAGGAUAUCGAUGGUAGAGGUCAUUUAAAUUUAUCUUCAUUAAGUUAUUCUGAUAUUUGCAAUCAUUUCCAGUUGUUUUUAUUGUGCCAAUGAUAAUACUGUAUGUCUUUAAUAAUGAAAAUAAGAGAAUUCUUCUAUAAUAAAAUAAUACUUUUCUAUUAUACUGA